GCUUACAUAUCGAAGAAAAUGUAUUUGCUUUUUUAAUUGGCAUUUUUGAACCAUUAACAGCAUCAUUAAAGCAACUAAAGGCUGAUAACAUUAAAGAGAAUGAUAUGAAAUUAAAAUGUUACUUAAGAUGUUUUAUGAUACAAUAUGGUAUUCUUAAUGAGAACAAUAAUAUAGAUGUUGAAAAGGUCUUGCGUUAUCUUCCGCACAGUAUGCAACAAUUAUCGAAAAAAAUUCUUAAUCAAUGUAAAUUAAUUCAAGCGGAAAAUGUUUGCGAUAGAGCUUUUCGAAUAGCUACUUGUUACAUUAAAGCGCAACCUGAAAUUUUAAAAAUUGUAUCAUUUACUUAAAAAUAAUUUGAAUUCAGAUAUAUGUAAAAUAUUGAAUCAUAAAAAAUAUAAAUGUUAGUUUGGAGUAGUUGGUAUCCAGAAACACUUUUACUGACACCACUAAUGUCAAGUGUCAAGUAUUCUUUAAGUAUUCUUUAAUAUGGAAGUACAUUAUAGUUUGCAAACUUUUAAAAGAAAAUCUAUACUUCUAUAAGAAAAUAUAUAACAAUUAAUA